UAUGAGGACUAUAUGCUCUAGAGACCUCAGACAAGGCAUCUCAUAGGAGGCUUUUUCAUAAAACUAGGCUCUGCUGGUAGUAAGGAGGCCAGUUUGGAGGCAGGCGUUGAGCUGUGCACAUCUCCCCACUCCAGCCACCUUCUCCAUACCCAUCUUUUAUUUCAUUUUUCCACUUGGCUGAGCCAUCCAGAGCCUUUUCAAUGUAUAAAAUGGAAUAUUCUUACCUCAAUUCCUCUGCCUACGAGUCCUGUAUGGCUGGGAUGGACACCUCGAGCCUGGCUUCAGCCUAUGCUGACUUCAGUUCCUGCAGCCAGGCCAGUGGCUUCCAGUAUAACCCGAUAAGGACCACUUUUGGGGCCACGUCCGGCUGCCCGUCCCUCACGCCGGGAUCCUGCAGCCUCGGCACCCUCAGGGACCACCAGAGCAGUCCGUACGCCGCAGUUCCUUACAAACUCUUCACCGACCACGGUGGCCUCAAUGAGAAGCGCAAGCAGCGGCGCAUCCGCACCACUUUCACAAGUGCGCAGCUCAAAGAGCUGGAGAGGGUGUUCGCGGAAACGCACUACCCUGACAUCUACACCCGGGAGGAGCUGGCGCUGAAGAUCGACCUCACCGAGGCUCGAGUCCAGGUGUGGUUCCAGAACCGCCGCGCCAAGUUCCGCAAGCAGGAGCGCGCAGCAGCGGCCGCAGCGGCCGCGGCCAAGAAUGGCUCUUCGGGAAAGAAGUCCGACUCCUCCCGGGACGACGAGAGCAAAGAGGCCAAGAGUACCGACCCGGACAGCACUGGGGGCCCGGGCCCCAACCCCAAUCCCACGCCCAGCUGCGGCGCCAGUGGCGGCGGCGGCGGCGGGCCCAGCCCUGCAGGAGCCCCGGGGGCGACGGGGCCAGGGGGCCCGGGAGGCGAACCCGGCAAGGGCGGCGCUGCGGCGGCAGCGGCGGCUGCGGCAGCGGCGGCGGCGGCGGCGGCUGCUGCUGCGGCUGGAGGCCUGGCUGCGGCCGGAGGCCCUGGACAAGGCUGGGCUCCCGGCCCCGGCCCCAUCACCUCCAUCCCGGAUUCGCUCGGGGGCCCGUUCGCCAGCGUCCUCUCUUCGCUCCAAAGACCCAACGGUGCCAAAGCCGCCUUAGUGAAGAGCAGUAUGUUCUGAUCGGGGACCCUGCGGCGGCGGCGGCGACAGCGGGCGAGGCAGGGCCGGGUGGCCGAAUGGGCGAGCGGGUAGGCCCGAGGCUGUGGCCGUCGCUGCUGCCGUGGCUUUUUCAUUGAGAGCCCAAAGUAAUCGCGAUAAGAAUAAAGAGAAAACGGCGUCGCCCCAUUUCAACCCCACUCCUACCCCCAUCCUGAACUCCAAGCUAAACAGAAAACUUGCCUGGCUUCGCACCUGCCUCAGGGCCGCGUGGACGCGCCGGGGCAGCGCCUGUGGACUGGGAGGCGCGAGCAGCGAGGCCCGGACUCGGGGACGCUCUCAGGGGGCUGUGUCUGCGUGACGGUGUGUGUCUUUCUCGGGGAAUGUGUGUUUGUGGCCCGAGCAGGCGACAGGGAGAGUUGGGGCAGGUGGCACAACUCAGUGAUUUGCUUAGGAAAAGAGAAAAAUGAACAAAAUAUCCCCCAAAAUAAAAGAACUUCGGAAGGCAGCAAUCAUUUAAAAAAAGAAAAAGAAAGGUUUUUAAAUUCAAGAAAAAAAAAGUAAAUUGUGGGAAAAGGGGAGGCAGCAGCUGGCACUGCCUGGGGGCCCUAUCUUGUGAACCCCUACAUUCGCGCCCUCCGGACAGCACAGACUCCCUGGGGGUUCCUCCUCAGGGGAGAGUGGGGACGCCUUGCAGCCCCUUUCCCCUCGUGUCCUUGGGUUCCGCCGCUGCGGCGACGACUCGUGCAGACUGUCUCCGCCACCAAGGUGACUUCCUCGCGCCCGCUUGCCUGUCCCACCUCGCCGAACGCCAUCCCGCCGUCAAAGCGUCCCGACUCCACAUAGUUGCAACACCCAAUCCCGAAUCUCUGCAGUCACUCGGCCCUGAAAGAUGCCCUAUUCAUGAGAUGCCUUUUCAUCAUAAACUCUGCAAACUGUCUCAUUUCGCAACUCUUCCCUCUUAUCUCCCGUCACCCACACCGGUAUUUCCUUAUUCCACCAGCUUUUACUGAACUUUCUGGCAUUGCUCUGGAUUGCAGUCAAUUGUGGUUUACGCAACUGGCUGCAGAGAAAUCUUCUGAGCAAGGGAAAGGCGCGCACACAAGUUUGCAGAAGCGUUUCAGUUUGCAUUUCUGUUUGAUCCGAAACGGACUCAUAUCCUAUAUGGUGGAUGGACUGUAUAUUGAUGAUUCCAUUCUUCGCGCAGUUUAGACAUCUCUGUUGGAGUUUUGUUUUUGUUUUUUAUUUUAAAAGGCACAAACUAUAGAUAUUAGUUGAAUGUUAAGGAUUUAAAUUUUUCUGUGUCUUUCUACAACUGUGUUCUGUGACUCAAUUGUAUCGUGUUAAUAUCAGUACAGACCGUCUCUUCUACGUGACCGUAUAAUGUUUUUCUCUUCUUGUAGUCUCUAUGGUGUGUCUUUACGGAGUAAUAAGGUUCUCACGGGUUCAAUUCCUUUGUGUUUAGAGAGACCACGGUUCAGACAAUGGUAUAUAUUUUUGUUAUCAGGUGCAUGUCUGUCUGAUUUCAUUUUUUCUUUUUGUUGAGUUAUGUUUGUGAACAUAAGCAUCAUAAGUUAUGUUUCAGAUUUUCGAAUUUAUUUAUAUGUGUUAUAAUGAAUGCUUCUAUUUAAAAGGGAAAUAUUUCUACAUGUGCAUAUAGUUUUCCAAGAGUGUACCAUUAACUUGAUUGUUGAUAAUAAAAACAAAA